GUCUGGCCCAGCUUGGGGACCAGGACCCGGUACGACCCCGAGCACCGCGACCCGGAAGGCCCCGCCGAGCCGGAAGGCUGGAGGGCGGAGCCAGGGCGGCCGCGGCCUGUGCGCCUCAGUGUCCCCACGGCGGCGCGUCCAGCUAGGGAAGGUGCACCGGGGUCUGCGGGGACCCACGGUGUGCCGCACGCUGUGAAGAAACCGAGAAGCCAAAGCCACUGCAGUCAGUGGCGUCUGGAGCAGCUCCGCCCGCAGGGCAUCGGUGCCCGUCUACAGAGAUGCCUAUCAUGGUAGAUGACAUCAUACAACUGCUGUGCUCCAUUUCCCAGGAGAAAAGAAUGCAGGCGGCUGUGAAGCACUCUGGAAAGGGUGCCCUGGUCACAGGGGCAGUGGCCUUCGUUGGUGGUUUGGUUGGUGGCCCACCAGGAAUAGCCGUUGGAGGGGCCGUCGGGGGCCUGCUAGGGGCCUGGAUAACGAGUGGCCAGUUUAAGCCAGUUCCUCAGAUCCUAAUGGAGCUACCCCCUGCCGAACAACAGAAACUCUUUAACAAAGCGACCUCCAUCAUCAGGAACCUGGACUGGACAGACGCCGUGCAGCUGACUGCGCUGGUCAUGGGCAGUGACGCCCUGCAGCAGAAACUCCUGGGCAUGUUAGUGACCUACAUCACCAGUGAGCUUCGGGCUGAGAUCCGCUAUGAUGACUAGGCUGCUCCCCCUGAGGAGUGGGGCUUUCAUUUAAGUGAUUCUGUGACUCAGAAGGUUACUGGAGAAUAGGGGAUGCCUGGCAGAUCCCCCUGAAAAGCCUGCACACAACCCCACUGACUUGAAGUGGGAGUGGAGCAUCCUGCUGGCACGUCCUACUGGAGUGUCCUGUGGGAGCAGCUCCAACCAUGCUGAGUGGUGACCCAGCAGUCAUUUAAGGCAAGUGUCUUGGGCUGUGUGUGCUGCUGUGCACUGGCAGCCGUUUACUGUGUGCUGACAGAGGCUCCGGCCACCCCAGCUUCCCAAGUUCCCCCAUCAAGUGGAUUAGAGGAAGUCCCCGUUUUAUAAUGAUGGCUGACUACCCUGGAUGCUCCCCCACCCCCUGAAAAUGGUGCCUCCCUCAGGUCCCUGUUGCAGGACUGGACCCCUUUAGGCUCUAGGGUCUUAGGAUUCAGAGCCAGCUCUACUGAGGGUGCCCCUUCCCUGUUCAGGGUCCUCCCAGUCAUCUCAUAAAGACAGUGGUUGGUCCUGAGUGAAACCACAGAUGACUGGCAGGCUCCCCUCUUCCACUGGCUGCACCCCCAGGCCGUCUUGAGUAACUUUGUUUAAGUUUCUAGGGUCUUCUUCCCACAUAUGAAAAAUGAUGGAAUUUCUCUAGUUUUUACUUUUAUUGCCAAUUCUGCUAUUUGUUCUCUACACAUAGGUAGCCUAAGUUAAUCUCACUCAAAAAAAAAAUUUUUUUUUUUUCUCACUGUGUUGCCCUGCCUGGCCUUGAACUUCUGGCCUUAGUGAUCUUGCUACACAGCUGGGACUGCGGGCUUGUGCCACGGUUCCCAGCUUUACCUCAGAGACCACCUCUCCUCUCCACGGCCCUUUGUUUCCAGUUCUUUCACUUUCAUGGUCUCCAUCCCAGCUCUGUUCCCUCUGUGCGCUGACCAUAGUCUGUACGGCAUUCAUAUGAAAAGACAAAAUCAACAACAACUUUGGUUUCAAGAUCUUAAGUGAGCUGCGGUGACAUAGUCCCAGCUAGUUGGAAGGCCAAAGCAGGAACAUCCUUGAGCCCAGGGACUCGAGAUUCAGCAGCACAGGGAAAGCCAGGGAAGGCUAGGUGUAGGAGAACCAUCUCAGUUGGCUUUGCAAUCACAGAAUCAAGGUGUAGUGGAUCUUCUGACAAGCACAGCAGAGGAGGAAGACCCAGGAGGCCAAGGAAAGCAGAACAGAAAGUGCUUUGUUUCAGACUUCCUUCUCUGCCAGGUUUAGCAAGAGGGAACCCCCUUCUCACCCUGGCUGAAACUGGCUUGUUGGGGGUUUGGCUAGCUCUCCCCAGUUUCCCUACAAGAGCAGGAGUGGCUCAGAUUUGACAGGUCACUUGUUUGGCAUUUUCCUUGUGCUGUGUGUGGACGGAACCCAAGGCCCUGCAGGGGCCGGGCAAAUACCCUCCACUGAGCCCCAGCCCUGAUCCUCACUGCUCUACCGCUGAGCCCCGCCCCAGCUCUUGAGUGGCUCGAAUUUUGUCCCAGCCCUUGAGUGACUUGAUUUUUAUUUGACCAGUUGGUCCUAGUGCCGAGCUCAUCCAAACCAAUAUUCUCAUAGAGGUUUGACUGAACAUCUGCUGCUUCCUUUUGUCCGGUUUGUACUGGAAAUGCGCACUCACGGAGGACAGGAGCUGGUCUUGGCCAUCACUCCUGUCUCCAGCCUUGUACCCUGCCCUCUAUGAGGUGACUACUCAAUAUAUAGAUUAGUUUUUGGCUCUUUGAAACAGGGUUUCUCUGUGUAGCCCUGGAUGUAUUUGAACUCUUAAUCUUCCUGCUGCAGCCUCUUGGGCACUGAAAUUACAGGUGUGUAUUGCCAUGUUAAGUUCAAUAAACAGAUUUUUUU